AUGAUAACUGUGUUGUUGCAGAAAUCAUUGAGCUUUGAUGAAAAUACCUAUAAAUACUACUCGCCACUCUCCCCUCAAGAAGAGACUGAUGACAUCGUCAUUAAUAAUAACACAUGCGAUGGUGGAAAAAGAAAAUCGCAAUCGAUUGAUCAUUUUUUUGAAGCUGAAUCAAACAUAAAAAAGAGGAAGCUGUUGUCAUCAAGCGUAGCACGAGCCGCUAGAGAUGGUGUAUCAUACAUUUCUACUAAUUCUGACGACGGAGACCAAGCGACGCAUCUCAUCAAAAUUGAAAUGUACGAUAUGAAGAAGCUAUCCAAGAUUCCAACUACUGAUCAUUGGAAACAUGCUUCCACGAGGAUUAAAUAUUACGUUAAGACUAAUAAGGAUAGCAUCUACGACAACACAAACGCCCUCGUAUACAAUAUUACAAAGACAAUAGCAGAAAGUGAAAAAGUUAAAAAAUAA